AUGGCAGAUCCGCUGUACGAGCUGCUGGCUCCAUACUUCGACCAUGACACAUCGCCGCCCUCACCUCGAGAUCCGCAGACAGCUGCCUACCUCUCCCGGCUCAGCACACUCUCCCUCGCCGACCUGACCACAAACGAGCCAGCAGCCCUCCUGCAGUCGGCACAGUCGCAUCUACGCAACCUACAGGCGCUGUCCAAACGCUCGCACAAAUCAGUCAUUUCAUCUUCCUCUCAUCUUACCAACCUCUCGUCUCUACUUCCGGCAUUGGGCUCACAAGCAGAAGCGCUGCAAAAAGAUGUACCAGCGCUCGAGAAUGCAGUCUCGGACUUUGCCACCAAAUAUGAUAGAAGUAGCGAGAACGCUGUGUUGGACAGGCGGAAAAGAGCAGCAUUGCUAUCACGCAACGUGGACAGAUUAUCAGAUGUGCUGGACCUGCCCUCUCUGCUCUCGUCUACGGUGGCAGCAGCUCAAGCCAGCAGCACAGGCACAGCAUCAGCAGCCGGAUCUGCUACAUCAUAUGCCUCAGCCUUGGAUCUGCAUGCCCAUAUCAAGAGGCUGAAAGCUUUGUACCCACAGUCUGAACUCAUUGGCAAUAUCUCCUCCCAAGCUGAGCUUGAAAUGCAGAAUCUUGCUACAGUCCUCAUCACAGGCCUGCAGAGUCCGUCGCUGAAGCUCGCUGCAGCCAUGCGAACAGUAGGCUGGCUCAGACGCGUUGCGCCUGACCUGACAGAAGACUUGCAGAUUUCAACAAAGCCUGCUGCUCUGUCUACAAGGCCUUUGAGCUUGUCCCCAACCACGAUCAAUAAUGAUGGAGCACUCGGGUCGCUCUUCCUAGUCUGCCGGUUGAAAACACUGCAUCACACCUUGGACGCCCUCGAGCCUCUCCGCGACCUUGCAGAUCAGGAUUCUACUCUAAGGCAGAAGCAGGUUGCCGCCAAGGAUGCUGCCAAACAGUCCAGUUCAUUCUCGACUGCCGGCACUCAAAGCGAGCGGUAUCUGAAGCGUUACAUCGAGAUAUUCCGCGAGCAAAGCUUUGCCAUCCUCAACAUGUACAAGAGCAUAUUCCCUGCGAAUCUGCCAGAACCAGACCACCCCAAAGACGGCGACAAACAUGCGUCAGCAGAUCCGCUCCUGCCUGCGCCAUCUGCUGUCUCGACGUUUGCUGUGCAUCUGGUCGACAUGCUAGAAAGCACACUUCGGAUGUACCUGCCCAAUAUCAUGGACAAGACUUCCCGGGAGUCUCUGCUUACGCAAGUCCUCUACUGUGCUGGGAGUCUAGGCAGACUUGGUGCAGACUUUGGCAUGAUGGUCGCAUUGCUGGAAGACGACCUGCAAGACUUGACCGCAGAGCCCGAAUGGGUGCAAGUUAUGAAGAAGCACCGAAUCCAGGCAAGUCGGCUUGAAAUCCUGUCUCGAGGAGUAGGAACUGCGAGAAAAGGGAGUCUGGACGUUUUCUCGCCUCAAGCCUCUUCUCCAACUCCAGCUGCUUAG